GUGUUUAUUAACAAUUAAUAGAAACUUUGUAUUUAUGUAGAGAUAGUAAAAGAAUCAUUAUUAUCACAGGUCAAAGUUACAUUAAAAUAGUUAAGUACUUGCAGGAAGACACCAGAGAUCUCUUGGUUUCCCUUAAAACCUUACUAGGAACGAGGCUUUAACAAGUAACCUUGCAAGGUAAUAGAGCAAGCUGUCUUAAAACUGGUGAUUUAGAUAGAGGGGGCCUUUGGAGCCUAUAGCCAGCAUUAAAAAAUCUAAUUCUGUAAAAUGUAGUGUUCUUCAUUGCCAUUAAUGACCUAGGGGAUUGUGGAGAGGGGGAUAUAAUUACAUACUCCAUUAGAAAUUUAUAAAAUAAAAACAGUAAUUUCAGGUAAAUUUUGUUUCAUUUAUUUUCAUAAACUCUUCCUGUUUUAAUUACCUAACUUUUUAGCUAGCCUAAAAAUAUUUGUUCAGAGACUGACAAACUUUUUCUUAAUUUUUAAAUCAGGUGACUAAUAAACAUACCAAUAGAAUAUGGCUGCACAAAUACCAGAAUCUGAUCAGAUAAAACAGUUUAAGGAAUUUCUUGGAACCUACAAUAAACUUACAGAAACCUGCUUUUUGGAUUGCGUUAAAGACUUCACAACAAGAGAAGUAAAACCUGAAGAGACCACCUGUUCCGAACAUUGCUUACAGAAAUAUUUAAAAAUGACACAAAGAAUAUCCAUGAGAUUUCAGGAAUAUCAUAUUCAGCAGAAUGAAGCCCUGGCAGCCAAAGCAGGACUUCUUGGCCAACCACGAUAGAGAAGUCCUAAUGGAUGGACUUUUGAUGAAAGAUUGCCAGCGGCUGUUGUGAUGGAAAUGAGGAUUCAUCUGAUAGAAUCCCCUGAAAGCAGUAGCCACCAUAUUAAACUGUCUGUCAUAACUUUGGCAAAUGGAAACAACUGGAGAAACAAAAUUGCUAUUUACUGAGAAUAAUCAAAAUAGGAGGUCUUAUUGUUCAAUGAAAGUAAUAAGAUGCAACAUUUGUUGAGGCCUUAAGAUUCAGCAGCUUGGUAAUUUCAUUAGAAAAAUAAACCAUUGUUUCUUCAAUUGUGACUGUUAAUUUUAAAGCAAAAUAUGUGUUCAAUCAUGUAUGAGAUAGAAACAAUUUUUUAUUACUAAAAGUAAAAUAAAUGGAAAUAUCACUGGGCAGUUGUUUAUACUAUAUAGAGUACCAUAGUAUUCUGACUGGACUGUGGAUACGUUGAAAUGUUUUUCAAUCACGAUCGUCCUCCAAGUAUUCCUGUUCAUUCAUGUCUGCCUCAAAUUGCUGGUAAAUACAUAAAAUAGUUACUUGCUAAUCAUUUCAACGCACGAUCAUUUCUUGCCUCCCUUCUUGUGUCAGGGUAGGCAUUAUACAUUCGUAUCUUAGCCAUAUUUUUCAUAUGUCUACAGGAAACAUUCCAUCUGAGACUACCUUGUGAAUAUGUAAGAGUUGACUAGUAUGCUCUAGUGGAGACUGUGUUUUGUGUUUUGUUCAAAAGCUGAGUCCAACAUGAAUGAUUCUCAGUCCAACAUUAUACAGUGUAUUCUCAUCCAUGACGUGUGAUCAGUGCAAUAAAAAGUGAACUGAA